AUGGCUUCGCGGCCUGCUGGCCUAGCGAACAGAGGAAACAACAGACUUCAGCUGCCCCCAGUUCAGCAGAAAUCAAAAAUACCUGUCAGAAUAACGCAGUUGAGUAGUGACAGGGACAAUAGUUCAUCUUCUGUGGACGAAAUGAAGAAAACGAGACAUUUGCCUAGGGAUGGCGCGGACAAGUUUCCGCUUUCAAGAAUUCCCGUCGCAGCUUGUGUUAAAAAGAAUAUCAAGGGCAGUGAGAGAUUAAUCAGGAGUACACAGCCGACAGGAGAACAGAAACUGCCAAAAGAAGAAUCAGGUAAACUAUUCUGAAUUUUCCCUCUGAGAGUUGAAUUGAGGAGGAAGGAUAUUUGCCUCAGCUGAGCAAUGUUUGUAUAGAAAUUGACGCGUUUUCAAUAUUUAAACCAGGCCAUCUUCGGAUGGAUAGUGGGGGCGAGAGAAAGUCUAAAAGAGCGGAAAAAACGCGCAAAGAAAACGUUUAGACUUUCAUUCGCACCCACUAAUAACUGGGUCUCCGAGGAUGAAACCAGGCUUGUUCACAAGGUUUAGAGAUAGCAAAUUAAAAUAAAUAAAAGCCCAUUAUACGAAUUGUUUUAGAAAUACAUUUCAAAAACCAGCAAUCAGGGAUAUUAAAAAAAUAAUAAUGUUUCCUAAGAGAGACGGAUUUGAGAUUAUGGGAGAUAAGCUUAAAGUUUCUAAAAUGAACAAGUUAUUAGAGAGGGAAAUUUUAGGGUAAAGACUUGCUAGAGACCGCUUUCCGAGGGAUGUGAUUCGUUGACAAGAAGGUAUAUAGGCAAAAUGGGACCUUAUGAGGAAUGUUGCUUUAAUGUUAGUCUGAGAGGCAGACUUGCAAGACAGAACGCCUCUUUUUAGCGUUAUAAAGGUCAAUAGACCUCAAAAGUAUAGUAGAGAAUUGGGCCCAUUGAUUUGUGAGCGGGUCUUAUUAGACUGAGAUGCUUCUUAGAAUUUUAAGAAUGGACUUGGUAAAGAGAAUGGCUUAUUAUUAAUGACAGGUAUUUCUGAAAGGGGUUAUUAGUGAACGGGGCUCAUGCAAUAAUGCCUUUUUAGCAAAAUAGCUUUUGAGAGGGUGGGGCAUGUUGGAAGGAGGAGGUAUAAGAGAGUGGGACUUUAUCGGGGAGCGGGGUUUGAGAGAUAUGAAGGCUUUUUAGAAAUAGCUGCUUACAGGAGAAGAGAAAGGCUUAUUAGAGAGAACUGCUUAAGGAAGGGUCUUAUUGCAGAGAAGGACAUAUUUAAUUAGAUAAGUGGGCUUGUAAAGAAAGAGGAGCUUAUUAGGAAGAUGAAGUUAUUAAAGACGAGCACUUACUGUAGAGGCGAUAGACAUGAACCUAAUCUCUUUAACCUUUAUCUUUGAAGAUGAAGCUUGCGUGGCCGAGGAGAAUGACAGCUUCAAUACAGUGAGUGUCGAGCUCUCUUGUCUCGGUAAAGAUGGUGUGCAUUUCAUCGAGGAUGUGAUUUUUCAAGACCCAAGGAGCGUAGCUGAAAAUAAUGAUACCACCCUGACAUUGGAUAUUGGUAAAAGUGAAAGCUCAUCCCAUUCUCAUAAACACGAUAGAGCUGGAGGCAACGGUAAGGUUGCAAGCUUUAAGUCUCUGGAGGACGAGUUCAUUGAGGACUUUGAUUCCUUUUUGGACGGCGUAGAGGAAGAUAUCGGAGCCGAAGAAAACAAUGCUUUGGAAUCCAAGAAAGACCUAAACGAAAGAAUGACCGAAUUAAAUGACUCAUCUAAAACUGACAACAGUUUAGUCACCGACAAACUGGAACACGCGUGUGGGGAGGUAGCUGGUGUUACUGCAAGUGAAGACUCCAUUCAAUUCAUCUCUGAUGUCAAUUCAUUGCUGUCAUCGAGUGACCAAGAUGUCUCCGAUAUAGAACAUGAUGGUCUGUCAGAAAAGGACAAAGAUGACAAUGAAGACUCUUGGGACGCUUUAGAUGAUAUCAAACUACCCCACUGCCGAUUUGGAACUUGGGAUUCCUUUGUCAAUAAUCAUGUCUCCACCAGCUCCAAAGAUAUGAUUGGAACAUUAGCCUUGAAACAAGAAUACUCGAAAGACGAUUCUCUGACAUCUGUUUCUGAGUUACCCAGUGAGGAGCUAUCAGUCUGUGAUGAUCAGGUCGAAGUUAUUGACAACGAAGCUGCAAACGAUGAAAACUACAGCCUGUAUUCAAUGGAUGCUUUCGGGAAAUGUUGUGGAAUACCUCAGGGUUCGUUAGCAGCAGUGGUAAAUAUUGCUGAAUAUCUUUUACAAAGAGAGCUUUCUUCAUUACCUUUGGCAAAAAAAUGCUCGUCACACGAUUCUCUUACAUCUGUUUCUGAAUUGCCCAGUGAGAAGCUAUUAGUCUGUGAUGAUCAGGUCGAAGUUAUUGACAACGAAGCUACAAACGACGAGGACAACGUCCGGUAUUCAAUGGGUGCUUUCGAGGGAAGUUGUGGAAUACUUCAGUGUUCGUUAGCAGCAGUGGUAAAUAUUGCUGAAUAUCUUUUACAAAAAGAGCUUUCAUCAUUACGUUUGGAACAAAAAUAUUUGUCACAAGAUUCUCUUACAUCUGUUUCUGAGGUGCUCAGUGACGAGCUUUCAUUUUGUGAUGAUCACGACAACGAUACGACUGACAAUGAAUUUAUAGAAGAUGAGAACAACGGCUUGUCUCCAGUGGGUGCUUUAGAGGGAUGUUGUGGAAUACGUCAGAAUUCGCAAGCAACAGUAGUAAAGGUUACUGAAUACCAUUUACAAAAAGAGAAAUCAGUUGCUUUGGAAGCUACAGUUGGGUUGAACAAUACAAGUCCGUCCAGCGUAAAUAAGGAAGGACACGAGAGCGAUGAAUUUUCGUUGAGCAGUGCGAAAUUUCAAGUUCUAAUUGAACACAUGAAGGAAAAGAACGAUGCACUACAAGAAAUUGUGGACUUUACUAACAGGGAGAAUGACAAGUUGCUUGAUCAAGUGAUAGCGAUGAAGAACGAAGCUAAAAGAACUCAGAAAGAAAAAGAAAAUUUGAAGACUGAGCUGGAAAAUAUGAAACGUGAAAUUGAGCGUCAAAAAUCAGCUGAAGAAUACAAGGAAAGGGAGUUAAAAAAUCUUAGAGGAGACAUUGAGACAAAAGAGGAAAAAUUAAAGGGUCUGGAAGACGACCUGGACUAUACGCAGAUGGACAAUAACGAUCUUUCGUACGAAAUUGAUUCGUUACAGGAUAAGCUUAAAGAAAGCGAGGAAAGCAACGAAUGCUUAAAGGGUCAAUGUUAUCAACUAGAACAGAUGGUCAAGGAACUGAAGACCGUUGCUUCUUGGGAAGCUAGUGGUCAUGAUUACGGGUAUCUGCGAGAGGAAGUUGAGCUGCUUAAAGGAUCUCUGGAUUUAAGUAGACAUCAAGAGGAGUUAUUAAAACAUCAAGUGCAUGAGUUGAAAGACUUGAAGACGUUUAGAGACCGAAAUGACGAGCUUGAAGGCAGUUAUAAGGAACCAGAUACCAACGAAGAAGACCCGCUGGGUCAGAUGAAAUAUGAGUUUGAGGAAACUAUAAAGCAACUGAAAGAAAAACUAGCUACUGUUGAAAGAGAAAAGGUAAGGAUGAGUGCGGAACUUCAUGCUGCAAAAUUGAACGUGUCUUUUGGUGAAAACCAACUCUGUGCAAUGAAAGAAGAAAAAGAGCUGAUCGUAGAAAAAUUUCAGGACCAGCUAGUUUCUCUUAGGAAGGAAAAUUCCAGCAUGAUUACAGAACUGUCAAGAAUGUCAGACAAGGAUACAGAAGUCCGUGAACUGCAGAAACAAAUAAAAGACCCGACAGGGAAAAACGCGCAUCUUCAACACAAAGCGUUGGUAGGUAAAAUGGAGCAGACAGCGGAUGCAGAAAAUAUUCUUUCGGAAUCAUCAAGCGUAGACAACAAGAUACUAGAAGGAAAACAGAAGAAAUACAAGAAUCAGAUUAAGAAGCUGAAAAAGCGCAUCCGAAAGAACGAGCGCGAGAUUGAACAAGUAGGCAGGUUUGCUUGGCAGGGAGGUCGGGAUGAUAGAGAUUCAACAGUAUGGUUGACUUUGCUUAAAGAGGAAAGGAAAGAAUUGGCUUAUGCAAGAAACUCCUUGAGAGUACAAACCGAAAGACUGCAGAAGAAAGAGACCGAACUAGACUUCACCAAAAUGUGCCUGCAGCAAAAAGAGGAGGAAAUGGAGCAAACGCAGGAAGGUUUAAGACUAAUGGAGGAGACUGCUGAGUCUCUGAAACGUGUUGUCAGUCAGAUGGAUACCAUUCUACAGUAUGCAGAUUCUCACACCGUGAAUUCGGACAUUUCGUCAAUUGUAGACGAUUGUGAUCGCGAUGACUCAAAUGAUUCCUUGAAUACGGACAUCUUCUUACUCAAUGAAGACGAACAUAGUGAGACUGGAGAUGAAGAGGACAGAUCUGAAAUGAGAUCUUUUUUGAUAGUUGGGCGUGAAGACAAGACCAUGAAGUAUGUGGAAAAUGAUGAAGAAUUAGACGAAGAUAGUGAACACACAGAAGUGAGUUCAGAUGAUAUCUGCCGCAGGCCGAUGAAAUUGCAAGUCGCUCAACUAAACCAGACCUUAAAGAAUUCUUUAGGCAAUGCCGAGCUCCUAAAGGAGUCCCUUCAAUUAAGAGAAGAACGUUGGGAGGAGAAAACUAGUGAUCGAGACUAUGAAAUAGAUGACUUGAAAACCCAAGUAAGAAUCAGAGAUUCUGAAAUAGAGUCCUUGAAUGGAUGUGUGGCGCAGUUGGAGAACGAAAGCAUUGCAUAUAUUGAAAUGCUUAAGAAAGAAGUGGAAAAUACAAAGAAUUUGUUGAGGGAAAAGGAGGCAGCACUGGUGCGAGCAGAACAUAUAGCAAGGGAAUCUCUUGAAAAUCCGGGGAUUAGAGAUCAUUGCCAAUUUGAUGAAAGGGUAGAUUUUGUGGGAAAGCCUGAUGCCAUCGUUAAGAAGCUUCAAGAAAAUCUUGAAAGUGCUCAAAGACAACUGCUGCAAAAAGAAGCUACGUUGAAGGAAACUGAGGCCUUUCUAACGACACUCCUUGCUAGUUCACAUUCAAGAGAUUUUAAUGAGUUUCUUUACAAAAUCCAAAGUAUACCAGAGGCGAUAGAUAAUGAAAAAGCAGACAAAACGUCACGUCCUGCUACAGCAGAGGCAGAAAACAAUGGCACUGUGGAGCAUCUUAAAGAAAAACUCCAAAUCACGGAAACAACAUUGAGUGAAACAAUAAGAGCAUUAGAGAGAGCACAAGCAGAGCAAGCAAUUAAAGCAUCUCUUCUAGAGGCCGCGGAGGCAACACACAGUGGCAUUGUAUCACAACUUGAAGAAAAAUUGGAAGAGACGCAAAAUAGACUCAAGGAAAAAGACGACGCUCUGGAAACAGUGCAAACUAAGAUGGCAUCACUCCCUGCUAGUUCUGAUGGUGACCAUGAUGAAUUUGUUGAACAACUCCAAGAAAAACUAGAUAGCACUCAACGCUCCUUAAAAGAAAGGAUAGUUGCAUUGCAACAGGUGGAAGAAGAUCUACAAAUAAAAACGUCUCAUCUUGCCAAGGCAGAAUCAAAUCACACUGUGCAGGUGGAUCAGUUUGAAAAUACUAUAAAAGAACUUGAAAGAGAUCUGAAAAGAAUGGAAAGCUCGUUAAGAGAAAAGACAGACUCUUUGAAGCAAGCUGAAACACAAAUACAAUUUAAUGCGUCGCUUCUGGCUUUCGCACAGGCAGAAAACAAUGACCUCAUGGUAAAGCUUGUUACCAGGGAUGGGGAACUUCAAGGUGAUUUGGAAAGGACUAAGAAUUUGUUGAAGGAGAAGGAAGACAAGCUGAUGCACGUGAAAGAAGAGUUAGAGGUUAAAGCGAGGCUAGCUGCUUCUGCAGAGAACAAACUUGAAGGAAUUGUAAGCCAGCUGGAGUGUGAAUUGAAAAGCUCUAAAAUCUCCUUCGAGGAGACCAAAGCAUCGUUGCGACAAUCAGAACAAAAGCUGAAACGUAAUGAAUCUGUCCUAGUGAGCACAGACGCUAAAUUAUGUAUCCGAGAAAAGGAAAUUAUGAAACUGAAAUCAGACAGGACUAAUCUCCAGUCAUCAAUCAAACGUCUGGAAGGAGAGCUUGAAGAAACGAAAAGCCGCCUGAAAGAAAGGAAACAAACUUUGGAAACGACAGAUAUGGAAUUGCAGAAACAUAAAGACAUUGUACGACAACUGGGGAGUGAAUUGAAAAUCUCUAAAAACUCUUUAAAGGAAACGGAAGCAGCAUUAGGACAAUCAGAAGACAAACUGAAAUUCAAGGAAUCUGUUCUAGCAAGCACAGAAACUAAAUUAUGUCUCCGAGAAAAAGAAAUUUUGGAACUGAAAUCAGACAGAACUAAACUUGAGUCGUCAAUCAAACAUGUUAAAGAAGAGCUUGAAGAAACGAAAACCUGCCUGAAAGAAAAGAAACAAGUUUUGGAAACGACAGAUAUGGAAUUGCACCUGAAAAAGUCUCUUCUUGCUGAUGAGGAAAGAAAGCGUAAUAAUGUUGUGACGCAGCUUGAAGACGAUCUGAAAGCAGUGCAAAACACUUUAAAGAACACAGAGACUAACUUAGAAAACACAGAAUUAGAUUUGAUUUCAAAAUCAUCGCUUGUUUCAAGUUUGGAAGCCAAGGUUUGUCUUCGAGGGAAUGAACUUGAGGAGUUGAAACUUUCUCACAAGGGCAGGGACCUGGAGUUAGAGCGUGUGUCAGCCUCCAUGGAAGAUCUUCAGAAGCUGAUGGAGAUUUCUGACACACUAAUUGCCGAUAAGAACAAGGAAAUUGUUUCUCUUAGGACGUGCUUGACGCAGCGAACCCGAGAGAUCCAGAAAAUGAAGUUUAACGAAGAACCUACACAAGGCAAGUUGCAGUUGGUUUCUGCUGAGCUUUCUCAAGCACACAAUGAAAAGGCAAAACUCCGAAGGGAAGUUACUGCUGCUGCCACUCGACUGGAGGAUCAAAAAAUUGCGGCAGACAAAGAAAGGAACGUUCAACAGGAACAAAUAAAUUCUGCUUUGGAAGACGUUAAAGGUAAAACAAAGAUUAUCCAGGACUUGAAUGUGAAGAUUAAGGAGUCCAGUAUUCAGGUGUCCAAGCUUGAGUGUGAUAAACGAGAGAUGGAGCAAUAUAGCAGACAGUACAAAGAAAGAAGAACAAACGAGAUGAAAUGGUUAAAGCAGGCUCUGAAAGCCUCGCGUGAAAAUAACACGCUGUACGAGAAGAGGAUUGCUUCAAAGAGGCAGGAAAAUGCUGAGUUGAAAAGGGAGAUCCAAAGAUUGAACAAUAAAUUGCUGAAGAAGGAUGCAGUUGACAUGACUAAAGAUGCAGCAGUAGAAGUGUCUUCUCGACCGCUUAUGGUAAGCUCAUGACCAGAUAUCCAAUAUUUAUGUCGCAGCAUGUUUGAAUGAAGCUGGUCAGAAAAGCCCAUAAGUAGCGGAUUACAUUACUAAGAUCACCUCUGAAUUGUCGCAUGCCAUGUAAUCAGUGAUGAGUGCGUGAUUAGCCUGUUCCAGGCGCCCCGCCCCUUUUUUUUUUUUUCCCUCUCGUUCUUUACUCCGCGCUGCUCCCUACUAUCAGCACUCCAGGAGCAAGCUAUUGCGUGUUUAGAUGUUAUGAAAUUGGUUAAGAUAAUAACAAUGAUGCCAUCCUUAGAACCACAUUCUAUAUAUGAUAUUUUUAACAGUACCGCAAUAAAGUACUGCUCACUAGCUUUCAUUUGAAUGGUCACACUUUAGGAUUUCAUUCACAGACUCAAAAGUUAGAACCACCUUGUAUAGCAUGACAAACCUUGCCAGAGGAAAAGAUAGUUGCAGAAGUUUGCUGCAGCAUUAUCAUAUUUGAUUUGAAAUUUGUGCCAACCAGGAAAGACCAAAACAGGAAACUUUCAUGAUAUUCCUCUCUCUUUCUGAUUGUGUCUGUAGUGGGCUACAUUAGACGCUCAGGCCCUAGAAGCCGUGAGGAAGAAAGAAGUGCAUACAUCACAGAAGCAUGCAACUAAACGGUGAGAAAUGAAUUCUUUAACUUAUUUUCUUUUUCUUUAUUGGACAUUUUGAGGUUAUCUGAGAGACUGGGUCGGCUUGUGUUGAACUGCACUGUGGGACGUGUUUUGGGGAAAUUUGUCUUUUGCCUUUUCAAAAAUUAUGCAUACAAAUGCCCAUGGAAAUGACGACAGUUCUCUCGGUAUGAGAGAGCUUUAUAUUUGAGGACGAGACCGAGUACGAGUACGAGAUUCAAGUCAAAGUUUUUGUGCGUGUUCUAAAGAAAAAGACACCCAGGGGAGCUUCAUCUUACUUUUUUUCACCUAAAAAGUUGGUACGGUCAUUUAUACUGAAGGAGGUUAAGCCUUCUUCCGAUGGCACAAUGAUAAAACUUUUAACAUUUGAUAACUUGCUCACGCUACUACGACAUUGUCGCUAAAACUCGUAGUCUGAAGUAAUAAAGUGUUUGUUUCUUUGCCAAUAGGUAUUCGGGGAACCAGUCAAACCAAUGCUUGUCAUUGCAAAGUACAGAAAACAAUAACUGUGUAACUGCCUCCACUGCAAAACACGUGACUGUUAGCGACUGGACCAAACCAGUGCUGCUAGAGAAAUUUCCAUAUAAAAUUUGAAAACUGUAUUGCAGGCAAAAGUCUGUAAAAAGAUAUUCAGUUUACUUAAACUAAUUGCAAUAAUGACAUUUGAACUAUCUAGACAAAGGGAAUUAUUAUGAAACUAUAAGUAAAUGAUAUCAACAAUUUUUAAUUUCAAAUCCAAAAGCUAAUUUUCUAUAUUGGCAUAUCUUAAUGCAUUAAAAUAAGCAAUCAAUUAGCUCGGCCGAUUCUUUUCAAUCUUCAAACCAUUUUGAAAUUCCCAAAUUCUAGUUUUAAUCUCUCAAUGGUAAAAGUUUUUGCACAUACAACAAAGCGUGCGUCAACUGUUACUAUUGAGUUUUAUUAUUAAAAAUCUGGUUAAGUAAUUUAGUUUUACAUACUUUUGUAAAAACGCCUUUUUAAAUUUUUAUGGCUUUGUUUUUCACGUCGUUCUUUCCUUUUUUUCAACGAAAUGGGGAUGAAAUGUUCCAAGCAGCAAACAUCUGACAGUAAAAGAAUAGAACUAUUCUCUUUCUUUCAUUUGUUUCAAGAAUUUAUAUAAAUUCUUUGUUACCCUUUUUUAAACUAAAAUCCGAAUAUAAUUUGUGAAUUGUUGUCUACUUAAAUAAGAAUCUUUCAUUCUAAAACGGCAAAGACAUGUUAAAUAUGCAUUUUUAUUAAACUAAAAUUGAAAAUCCAUUUCAAAUUAAUGCAAAUUGCUUUCGUAUUUGUGUGUUUAUACAUCAACCUCGUCCCAAGGGCGCUUUUCCCUGCCGGGAAAAUUAAACGCACUGGGGACGAGGCUUAUAUGUUUGUUAGAUAUAAAGAGAAUGAAAAAAUAUUCCGUCCAACUUGGCAAAUUGUAUUUUUUACGUGUAGAUAAAAAUCGAUUUUGUUUGUUUCAGUACAUUUGUAAUAAUUAUAUAAAAAGUUAGAGAGUGGAAGAUAUUCCACCCAAAAUAUGGUAAAUUUUAUUUAUUAACGUGAAAUAAAAUUAACAAAGCUAUAUGUGAGUUUCGGUUUUAGUGUUCUUAACGUCCCCGUAGCGUCCCUACUUCAGAACUUUGAGGGGUUUUUAGCAUUUGGUGUCAUGUCGAGGUGGAGGAACAGCCUACCCGAAGAUGUGAUCUUAUAUAUCGAUCACACCUCGCACUCCCGGACGGGGCUCGGUAUGAAGAAUAUAUAUGAAACAGCAAACUGAUCGUUACGGCAAGGCGAUGAAGGAGUAAACAAAAGAAUAAAACAAAAAAAUAUUUUCUUUUGAUUACUUCUGCAUCGUCCUGCCGUAACGAUCAGUUUGACAUUUCAUAUAUAUUCUUCAUACCGCACUGAUCCAGGUCUACAACUUGGAGAUCCGGCACCACUCAUUGGUUUGUUGCUGUGGACUUUUUGACAUUUUAUAUAUCUCGGUACGAAGGCCACCGGGGACACUUAUCGUGACUGGCUACAGGCUGCCCAUAGCAACCAACACCUUACUAACCAACGUCAAGCUUUCAUUUUCAAAAAUACUGAUCUGAUAAAUCGGUGAUUGAUCUACCCCGCUAACUUUGCAAUAAAGCUUUUUUUGAACGACGCUUGUAAAUCAGAGAUUCUCCCACGCCAUUUAAUUUUCUCCUUUAAUGGACUCUUCUUUGAGAUGAAAGCGCCCCCUAAAACGGACCCCGGUGGCUUGAGUUGGGAACUGCCGUUGUCCCCCGGUCAAUUUUUCGUUUGUCGGGUCGGAGCCGACACUGAACUAAUGUUUAUACGGGGAGGCUCUGCCCCGAGGUCUAACCCCUUACCCUUUUACAUACCACUUUACACGAAAAAGGUACCCCUUUCGUAUACCUUCUAUUGACAAAUGGUACCCCUGUCACAUACCUUGUUUAGAACUUUGCAUCCCUUUUAAAUGCUGUAAAUGCACUAUCCAUGUUUUAAAUAGGAAUCAAUCAUAAAAGUAUAACUUUUUCCCCACUUUAUAAAGCCAUAGAAUCCAUCUGUUAGCCUUUUUGGGCCCUUUCACAGACCCAAAUGACAGAUUUCCCGGAUCUUUAUACCUUUCUGGGAAACUACCACCUACCCCUCCCCUAAGCCAUACUUCUCACUUAGGGCAAAAUGGUGGCUUAGGGGAGGGGUAGGUGGGCAGUUUUUCAGAAACGUACAAGGAAAGCCUGAAAAAGAUACCCAUUUCAGGCGCAGCCUCCCCGUAUAGGCCAUUAUAGGGAGUAUUCCCCUCCCGGGGGUAGGACACCAAGUAGUCCGUCUGUACCUACAUCGGGAUCCUUUUUAGCGGAGGGAAAUAAAAUUAACCUGGAUAGGUGAUUUCUUUGAAGGGUUCCUACGGUUUUUAGCUGUAUACGUCUCCGUGGCGCAAUCGGUUAGCGCGUUCGGCUGUUAUUCUUGUUCAUGAUACCGAAAGGUUGGUGGUUCGAGCCCACCCGGGGACGUUUCGUUCAGUUUUUUGUUUUCUGAAUUCCGAUCCGAACUUUUGAUAUAGCUGACGUACAGGACAGUGAUAGGGCAUAGGGAUACGUGCGAGUGUAACUGAGUCAGAACAGUUUUUUUUCUAAGGUCGGUUUAUGCAUCAGUCAAUUCCGCCUGCGCCCAGGCCCCCCCCGGGCUGACCCCCGGGAAUUAGCAUUUUUUUUGCCUUGGAUGGCAAAUUCCCGGGGGUGGGGACUCUUGAGCUGGCAAAUCCCCCGGGGUGGGGACGAAAAAAGAGGGCAAAUGCCCCGUCCUCCGUCAACAGUGCAACACUUUUUAUUGAUCGCACAGUCCAAUAGUGCCAUUUUAAUGUGCGAUUUUUUGUUUCAAUUAACGUCUUCCUUUGUAUAAUAGCGCUAGGAUUCUAACUAAGACUUCACGUCGCGACGACAUGCACCAGUUUAUGGUUUUAGUAUUGAUAUAAAAGUAUUGACAUUAAAAUUAACAGAGCGCUGUAAAGUUAUUUGUUAUGAAUAGUUUUAUAAAUAUGAAAGGGUGUUCUUCAAAUGAUAUCAACAGAAAGUUUAUUCAAUAACAAAAAAACGUUGAUUCACAUCGAUAGCUCCAAUUUCGCUAUGUAAUUCUGGCUUGAUAAGCAAUGAAGAAAUGCAUACAUACAUGUAAAAUCGUGAACAUGCCUUUACAACCUUCUACAAUUUAUUCCUGUCCUUGACAGAUGAGCCAAUCAGCUUUUUUUUUCCAGUAAAACCUUCUGUGUAGUUAUAUUCUGAUAGGAAACUGCGUGCGUGUCAAAAGCUCGGGAAUGGCCCGGGGGUUGGCAAAUACCCGGCCCCCGGGCAGUGCAAAAUUUGCAAAUGCCCCACCCCCGGGACUGACAAGGCGGGUAAAUGCCCCCCAGUAGCCCGGGGGGGGGCUGGGCGCAGGUGGAAUUGACUGAUGCAUUAGCAAUUGCUGAAUAUUGGCCAAGUGCGCGAAGAAAGUUGUUACUGGAGCCCAUGCGUGCGGGAGGACUGGGUAACAAUGUGACGUCACGUGUGUGUUAGCGACAGCUCCGCUUUUGCUCCUUUCCUUGACAACAAGACCUCUGUAAAAUAUAUUCAAGAGCCAGUAUCACUCGCUAAAAUCUCAUCAUAUCAACAUGUGAUAGUAGACACAGGUCUUUGGUCUCUAUGGCUUCCAGUUUGACUUCGGAAAAUCGCUUCAAUUCGCCGAGCUGAGGGCGAAACUCACACCACACAAAGCGCGCGCAAGCGGAGGACAGCGAAUGUGCAAGAUUACAUCAAACUACUUCUGAACAUCUGAGCGAAGGAAAGAUUAUCAACAUGAGUCACGCAGACCCAGGGUAAGUUUUUGAGCUAGCUUUCUUUAUUGACAAACGGGUAUUUUGUACGAAAAGUAUUAAGUGUCACGGAUAAACUGUUAGUUGUAAUUCAAUUUUGUCAAUUCCGCCUCACAUUCAAUGUACGUAUCCUUACACUGUACCUCGACGGCCAACGAAUAAGCUCACAUGAUCUGAUCAGUUUCGUGUUUGAAUGAUUUGAAAUUUGGUGUAAAACUAAAUUUAGGUUAACUGAUAAGGAAGCUUAUAGUGUAUUUGUUUAAUCAAAAUCGUGGAUAUCAAAUCUCCGAAAGGCUAAAACCUAUUUUAAUUGUAGCUCAAAGAAUCUCGGUCCUUCUAAUGUAUGUUGUUCGCUGCGUGUUUCAUGUGAACGUUAAGCUUCCAGAGUAAAAUUAGUUGCUAAGUAAAACCUCAGUUGUUGUAAAGGAAAAUCAGUUUAUCGACUCUGCGAGUUGGGGUGCUUUCACGAACGGAUUUCCAAUCCGAUAUUUUAAUACGAUUUACCUUAGUUAAGUUUAUGUUAUUCGUCAAUAAAACAAGCAUUGUCAAAUUUUCUGUAAUUUUAGCUAGAGUUAUUUGAAUCUUUGUAUUUCAGUGUUUGAACAGUGUAACACAACUCCUCGAAUUUAACCAUUUGGUUGCCAUUUCCAUGUUAACGAAGUGAUCGGCGAUUUUAUCAUUAAGCUUGAUUAUAUAAUAGAAACUGCUGUUGCAACUACAUAUGCUUUGAUGUAUUUUAUAGUCGAUCGCCGCAGAGCAACAAAACAGCUGGUUCUUAAUAGGACAGACUCGUGGAUUGCGAGGCGGUGGAUGACUGUAAGAAAUCGAGAAUUUAGAUUUCCGUACUCCUUUCUAAGUCUUUACCUCGUGGUGUAUUUUUUUUAAAAUUUUGUUUUGUUUAGACUCAAUAUGGCCGGUCAGUUUAAAUAACAAAACAAUGUCUCUUAAUUUUUAAGAGGGAUAUGUGAUCAAUAUAUUAUUUUUACCAUAGGCAUUAUUUGCAGAUAGGGAAAUGCAAAUAUACCAUCUUGCAGAAGAUACUGAAAGUAAAACUAUCAAGUCUAACCUUGGUAAACUAGCAAAUGUCACUAAAACAGAAAGAAUCCUAAUCAAUGAAAUAUAUUGCAAAAAAAAACGAUGACAACAAUACAGUGGAACCUCUAUUAAGCGGACACCUUCGUGACCUUCCCAAGUGUCUGCUUAACAGAGGGUGUCCGCUUAAAAAAGGAUUGUAAAAAUUGGGCAAUGUUUGGUAACGAUCAACAUUCAACGGUUACUCUGUACUUUAUGUUGCAUAUUGUUAAAGAAGGUAUCCAGAAUUCAAGUUCAUCACCUUUCAUUACCAACUUUAAUUUGUUUGUAAAUGCAAAAACACUAACUGACUUCAGUCCAUAGUUCAAGGACGUAAUCCAAUACUACUAUUGUCAAUUCAUUCCAGUGUCCGCUUAAUAGAGGUUUUUAACAAUAGAAAUUAGCCAAAUACAACUUAUUUUAGUGUCUGCGUCCGCUUAAUAGAGGUGUCCGCUGAAUAGGGGUUCAUCAUAAAGGGAAAUAUCAGACGUUCGUUUCGGGACCCGGCUUAGUGUCUACUUAAAAGAGGGUGUCCGCUUGACUGGGUGUCCGCUUAAUAGAGGUUUCACUGUAAUUAUAUUUUUUACAAUUACCCUUAGAAGACAAUAAAAAAUCCCUAAUUAUUGCACUGAAUUAACACCUCUGUGAGUGAAGUGAACAAAUAUAUUAUUAUAUAUUGUAUGCAUAAUUAUGGCUGUCACAGGUCCAAUCUAGGGAUUUCUUUUGGUUCUAUUUUUCUUCUGUUUUCCUAUGAAAGUAGUGGGGUCACAUUUAUUGUAGCUGUGGGAAAUCCCUGGCCCCCGACUCUUAAUGACAGCCCUGGCCAAUCAGAAGUGCAUUGGUUCUUGUACCAAAAGGUUCUUUUGUUUCGCCUGUUACAAAUUUGAAUAACAAAAACAUUGUUUGAAAAAGAGUGAUGUCUCCUAUAAAAACAAAUUCUUAAGUUCUCAUUCUUGACUUAUGAACUUAAUACAGUACUGAUACAGUACUUGUAUUCUUUAAUUCUAUGUGUUUAGUUAGAUAAUAAUUAUACUAGUGAUGAUGAUGAUGAUGAUGUUAAUGAUGUUAAUGAUGUUGAUGAUGAGGUUUACAUAUUUUUAGAUUAUGAAUUAAGGGUUGUUGUAAUAUGUACAUGUUAAAAUGCUAUGAUCACGGAUGCACAUAUGUAAGUCUACAACCUAUGUAUCUGAUGGAGAGAGUCAAAUUGCUCACUUUGGCCAAACACAAAUUAUACUAUUUUAUUGUUUUACAAUGAGAUUCUUCAAACCUGCAACUUUGUUGAUUCUUGCUUGAAUUAUAGAUUCAGCUUAGCAUUUAUGUGGAUACCUGACUGUGAUGACAGUACUAGUAUUUGUUUGCGACAAAAAGAUUUUAUCGAUGACUCAAAAAUGUGUCAUGAACUGUACAAUGUAAAACCUACUUACAAUUAUUAUUGAAUUGUUAACAAACAUUAGCAAUCAUCUCUGUUUUACCUUGCAGUCCGUUAGCCUCAUACAACAGCUUGCAGGACAAACACCUUGCUGGAUAUUUUUCUAAUUCUCGAAUGAAAAGGCAUUUAAAGAGAUCUGGAUUGGUAAGAUUUUGGGCACGAUCCAUUCAACCAAAAUUUCCGGAAAUUUCGGUCCAAAACUCAAUGGAUCGGUUCGGUCCAUCCGGAAAAGUUUCGAAAAAACUGGUCCACCUUUUGAGGUGGUCCUCUUUUCCCGGUCGGACCAGUCUGAAUUUUGGUUGAAUGGAUUGCGCCCUUUUUGUGAUAAGAAUGGACAACAUUUACCAAUUUUUUUUUAGAAGUAAAGUGUUUUUUAAAAAAUAAUAUAGAUAUAAAUGUAUAGUUACAAAUGUACUUGUAAUUACGUGUAAUAUUAUUAAAAAGACAGUCAUAUGUAAAGCAUCCAUGACAAAUAUGAUUAUCAGUACAAGAUCUUUUUCUUCUAGUCCUCAUAUUAUUACUCAUAUUGAAAAUAGAUGCCAGUUAAUAUGCAUCAACCGCAAGUACAUAAAAACAUGGGUAUGGCGAGACUUACAAAGUGAUGAACGAAUGAUGAAUUUUUUUUGUGACAUGAUAUCACCAACAGAGAAAAAUUUGAAGUUACCUCAUGUGAAAAUGGAUUAACAGCAAGUGUCACUGGUGAGGGGAUAAAAACCGUCUUUUGAUUAUUAAACAUUAUACCCCACAGGUCACCAAGGGAGGGAAAAUUAUUGAUGAGAAAACAUACAGGCUAAACAUGGCAAAAAAGGAACACCGAAAACAUGUGCGUGACCUUUUAGCAACCGCAAUUGUACACAAGACAUUAGAUGUAGAGGUAAGAAUUUGUAUCUAUGUAUAUGUAGCACUUUCUCUAGUUUGAGUAAAAAACAAUCUGCCAAUGUAUGAAAAUCGAUAUAGCACGCCUGCGGACCAAUUUUCUCUGAUUGUGUGAGUUUUAUUCUUAUUUUACCCAAAAAUAUGUUAACUCAGACCCUUAGAACGAAAACCAGUAAAAUGAAUAAAUGAUGCGAUCUCUGAUUUUGUGGAUAGUGUCAUUUUAAGGUGGCGUCUUCGGAAGACUUCGGACUUCUUCGGGAACUCUUGAGUCACUCCCAGGAUAUUGAUGAAAAAGUUGGCAGGUAUACAAUGAUGUAGUGUCAUUUUAAGGUGGCACUAACUCUUGAGUCUGUAUUGAUGAAAUCCUACAUGUAUGGUGACGAAAAAUGAAACCUCUUCAGCAAUAGUUUCACAAUCUCGACUGCCAUUUAAUUAGUAUGUAGUUCUGACUCUUGAGUCUGUGGAUGAAAUCCUAUUCUUAGCCUGAAUUUCUGACGAUAUUAAAUACUUCCGUCUCUGAGUCAUUUUUACUUCCUCAGGAGUACUUGUCACUGAGGGAGUAAAAACGAAUCAGAGUAAUCGUCUGAAGUUCAGGCUAUCCUGUGCUGUGACCAUUCAAAUGAAGGAUCUUUCGCAAAACUUGUGUUUUUGUAAAUUGUUUUUUAGCAUUUUACAUUUUGAGGAAGUUUUCAAAUUUGUUGAAUUCUGACUUUGGCCACUUUUCUAAGUUUCUAAACCGCUUGAUGUAUUUUUUUUUUAACGCUAGAGAGUACGACAGUAUGAGAUAAGAAAGAGGUUGGAUGAUAUCUACAAAGUGGAACUGGUUAGAAGAGUCAAGGUAAUAAAAUUAAUGUUCCUUUUAUUUUUAAUUAAAAUUGGGACAUAAAAAAGUAAUCUCAAAUUAAUGUUUUUGUCAGGCCCACUGAUACUGUGCAAAAAUAUUAGGAAGUAACGUUGUGCAGCGUAAAACGUAUAUCUGAGAUACCUUAGUUUUUUUUGCUACCAGUAAAUUGGGUAUAAAUUUAACUUAAUCUAUGUUUAUAAGAGUUAGUACUGUAUUUUAAAGCCACUGUAGUAUGGUCUUGAUGAUAGCUGUUACUAGUUUUCACCUACAUGUAUGGUUGUACAUAAAUUUUUUGGCCAACUGAAAUCAGUUAUCAUGGCCAUUUGGAUGUUGCUUAAUUUAGUCAGAAGAAGCCGUCUUUUCCUGUUUUUUUAUUUCUGGACGAACAAAUUUUAGCAACAAAAAAUAAGUUUUUGUUGAAUAUUUCUUUGAUUGUUAAUACUUUCAUCUUACACUGUAUUACAUGUAGUCAUAAAGCUAAGAGAUGUUAUAUUAGCCAUCUUGAACUCUGCUUCUUUCUGUGUCUUUGCUUCUUUAAACUUUCUUUUUCUUCUUUGAUCUUUCAACUGAGUUUUUCUUCCAUCCUCAUAGACAGCAGAACCUGAAUCAAAGGUGAGAAACUGUCUCUUUUUAAAACUCCUGAGCUCUGUCUUCCUCUUGACUUAUUCCAGUCCUACUUUAUUCUUAAGAUCUAACUAUUUUACAACACUGUGAUUGCAUGAUUUUGGGUGUAGUGGUGAAAGGGAAUUGGGGUUUUCUUUCUUUACAAUUUCACUUAUUUCUCAUUCAUGUUCCAAUAAUGGGUAAUGAAUUUUUCCCGGAAAAUGUCUUUAUUUGUAGUAAUGCUCCUAAUGUUUCACAUGAGAUAAUUUCAAAAGAACCAAAAUGUAUUAAAGCAAUCUGAACAUCAACAUGAAAUUCGGGUUUAAUACUUGUAUUAGACUAACAGACUAUCCAUUUUAAAAGUUAUAUGAUAAUUUCUAAUUGCACUAUAGGCCAUUUCACUUUGAUGGUUUUUUUUUUGUAAUUUUUCAUUGUUCAUGGUCUGAUAUUUAUUUUCAGGAAGGGAGAAAAAGAAAGGGCGAUGAAGAUAUUCUUCCAUUACUCUCACCCAGAGAGAGGACAGCUCAUCUACAGCGCAAAGCUGCGAAAGAUAAAUACAGAGAAAGACCUUCAACUGCACCAGCAGUCCUUGAGGAUAGUACUACAGAGGACGAGGGGCCAAUACAACCCUCUGAAAUAUACUAUGAUGAUGACACACAAAAGCUUUACUACAGGGUAAGUAACGAUAAAGUAAACUGCACUGUAGACAGCAGUCAGUCAGUAUUGUUACAAUGCAUUCUCUACCACAAUUCAACAGAGACAGUGCAACGUUGGUCCUCUACAUUAUACAAUGUACCAGUAGCCACUCAUGUAGCCUUUUUUUCAAAUAGAUAAUUGAAAGUUUUGGGUAUUAGCUUUAUCUUUUUAACGAUAAAUUUAGUUUAUUAGUUUAGUAUAUUAUUUUUUUCCUCCAUUUAUUUAUUUUACAAGCCAUUUAUAUUGUAUUACAAGAUUUGAAAAUGAAGAUGCUAUUUGUAGAAUUAAAUAAUUCAGGUUACAAGAAUAAAUGGAGAGGGCAGUAUAUAGUUAAACUAAUUACUUGCCCUUUGAUUAAAUAUUACAGGUUUAUUUAGGUUAAAAGUGAAUAAAAGAGAAAAGUAUAAACUCUAUAAACUAUGAAAAAUAUAAGUUCUAGGGAAAAUAUAACUAGGGAUUCUGUGAGUCUCUAGCUAUUGCAAAGUUCCAGCUUAAGAAGAAGAUAGUAAUCAGACAAGAUCCUGGUGGAUGCUGGGCAAGAAGUAUCUGCAGUUGCUUGAUUAAGUAUACUAUGAAAUGCACAGUCAGUCGUCAACAUAAAAUAUGAAAUAUUAUCUACAUGUAUUUUAAAUUUUCGAGUCAGUGGGUUGAUUAUGGGGCUUUCCCUUUCCUUUGGUUCUUGCAAGAGCUCUGGUGCUUAUAAGCUAGGAAAAGUAGCAUGUGCAUAUAAUGAUAAACAUGUGUAUUUUUGUUUAUGAUAGGUGGAAAACCCUUCACAGACAAAUGGCUACCUGAAGGAUGAGACAGAGGAGCUGGGACCCUCGCCAUACACAAGGGCCUACCCUGCUACCUAUCCAGCCCCUGCACCUCCCCCCUCAGGCACUCCUCGCCGAUCUAGAACAGCUGGCACACCAAGGAGAGGAGUUAAGCUCCAAAGGGUAUGAACUGCUGUUUACUCAAAUUUGAACCUCUCCAUGUGUAACUGCGGAUGUCAUUUUCAUCUAAUAUUUUCCAUCAAAUUGUUGGUUUUUUCACUGAAAUGGUCGUAUCAUCAAAACAAAAAUUGUGAAUUUGUGCAGCACACCUUUUGGUAUACACUAUCUCUUUGCUGUCAUUGCAAAAAGUUCUAAGGUUGUCAAACUUGUUUGAAAUGGCAAUAAUGCAAUGGUCACUGUAUCUCUAAGAUCAUUGUUUCGUCAUUGCAAGUUCAUACAGAAUGUCAAGAAGUCUUUUGCAGGAGUUUGCUUGCACAGAAAGUGAGUGAAUUAUUUUUGGUUUGACAUGAAAUAUUCACUGAAUUGUGCAUACAUUUACUAGCUUGUACUAGUGACACAGCAGUGUACUUGGCAUGUGGUGUAUGCUACUCUUUGCAAAUUUGUGUAUUGUAAACUUCUGCAUUGCUUAAUAUAAGCCCUGGGCUUAUACAACUUCUUAAGGGUUUUUAGGAGGGCAUAUAUCUAGGGGAUUUAUAACGGGAAUGCCUAAACACUAACUACCUAGCAGUACUGAUCAAAAUACUUUUUAUAUUAAGCUUAAGAAUGCUGUAAAAAAAAUCGAAUUUAUUUCAGUACAAGCUAGAAGUGGGCUUAUAUCCAGGGGGGCUUUUGACUGGAUGUAUUUUUCAUUUACAGGUGGAUAGGCCUAUAACAGGGGAUGGGUCUUAUAAGUGGAGGUUUAUGUUAUUUACUGUUCUGCAUUAAAGUUGUAAGUCUCACAUUAACUGUAUUACUUACUCUGUUUUAGUUUCACUAUCUGGCCAGAACAGAACCAGCAGUUGCUCGCAGAGUACAGGUAAUCAUCCCUUUGUUUGUUCAUGGUCUGAAAAAUAAUAAUCAGCAAAUAAAUUAUUGGAGCAGACAUUUUUAUGAUACGUGUUUUGGUGGUUCAAAAAUACAGCAAAGCUACAAAACCAAAAUCUCUAAAAUAGUGAAUUUCACCUGCAGUGCUGUCAACAAGCAAUGGUGGCUGAAAAAAGGCAUUGGCUGCUUGAAGAAUAAGUUGCAGCUGCUGCUUUCCCUCUACCUUAAUGAUGAAAUAAUUGGUUAUUCUACAGUACUCAAACCUGUUGCCUACCUCAAAUGUUUUUGAAAUGUCUGCAUAAGCAACAAAUAUUAAUGAUGAAGGUCAACAGUUAAGAUUAUGAGAGUAAUAAUUUUUUACUACCUGGCAAUGGCAAUGCACACAAUUACUUUAAAGAGCUGAAAUUCUGACAACAAAUUGAAAAUUAACACUCAGCAAAAUCCUCAGAUUUGUUUGUCUUUUGUCAUUAAAAUGCCAUGUUUGUCAGACUUUCGUCUUUCAAAUGACAAUAAAGGUAUAAGUCAUACAUUGCAAAUAUAAGUCAGUCUGAUGUCAUUAAUUUUUGCACUGUGCUAUUAUCAAGGGUAAUAGGUCUUGAAUGUUAAACAGAGUAAUACAGUUUAGGAAAACUCAGAUGUUAAUAAUAUGCAAUGUUUUUUUGUUUUCUUUAGCUUCAGUCCAUGGCAGAGGUGACAAUGAAAUUUCUUGGUCCAAGCCUUAUUCUUACUAACAGCAUGUUCCCAGAAGACAGACUGUCAGAAGUAAUGGUUUUACAGCAACACUGUGGAGGCAGUACUCUUUGUGUCUUCCGGGAACUUCUACCACCAAACAGUAAGACCUGCUAUUUAAUCUAGUGGUAACCAUGGACUAGAAGCCACACAGGCGUUCAAUGCGCCCCAUUUGCAGUCUUUUAAUUGCUAGGCAGUACCAUAAUUCGGCAGACCAUGCAAUGCUAAUGUUUGUGAUGUGUGUGCUUUUUUGGCACUUUCACUUUUUGGAAUUUGUGUGAUUAAAUAAUUAAUGUUAAAUUUUACAUGCUUUUUAAAAGUAUUGUUUAAGUCUUCAAGAUGUCUUUUAUUUGCUCUUAUCCUUGGACCAAUAUCUUACAGUAUAUAAUAUAUUACUGUAUAUCCAAUAUUUUUUCUGUGUGUGUACUUACAGUCAGUCUAGUGAGGAUAAGUAGUUGAUUAAGGCUAAAUCAGGGAGGCAGAAUAAAUGAAAGUGCAAUCAUUUUAUUCCACUCCUGUUCAUUCCCAGUUACUGUAUUAAUGCAUACUUGUUAUUACAGCAAAUAAUGAUUACAUAGGUUCAUGUUUAAUAACAUAACGUACAUGUAGGUAGUUCAAACUGAAAUUUAGGUUGAUUUUAGUGUAGUUCUAAUUUUGCUCAAUGGAAAUUAACAAUCAAACUAAUUUAAAACCAUUUUUAGUUGAAUUUCAAAUGAAUGUGAGGUAAACUGUAUCUGGUCUUUUUCUCAGUGUAUUAUUAUUCUUUGACAAUACUUUGUUGGCAUGGUCAAAAAACCUGUAUUAUGGACAGUUUGCUUUGUUCCUGGGGAAAGGAGCCUUACAUUUUUCUCAAAAUUCAACAAACUUUAUAUGGACACUGUCUAUGAUCCCCUUAUUGUCUGUAUGUAAUGGGUUGGACUGUAGAUAAAAUUUGUUGUAUAGCAAUCCGGUGCUACUUUUCCAUUUGUAGCAAUCUUCACAUUCAUUUCACGGCGGCACAGAGGAGCCCCAUUUGGCCUGACAUUUUACAUUGAUGGCAUGCAAGACAUUCGUUUAAGCUCAUGCUGUGAGUACAAACAUAAACCUAGCCACAUUCUGGGAGGAAAGAAUGGCCAUUUUCAGUUUGUUAUGGUAGAGGGCGCUGCACCUUGUUACAGGUGUCAAAUUGCAUCAGCUCAUAAAGGUUACAAAAGUAAACAUAGAGCAAGCCGGGGUAAUGAAGAAGAUGAGAGAAACAAAACCUUUCUGACAGAGGCAAGUGGAAGCUUUUUAUCUUAGGCCAUCAUUAAUAAAAUAAAGGCGAAACAUAAACUUGAAGCAUGCCGAGGGGCCAUUAAACUAUCAGUGGUCCUACAUUUUGUCACCAUGCUUCCUUGUGCAUGGCACUUGCCAUGCAUGCUCGUGUAUUUCUGUCCCUAAACUAUAACUGGGGUAAACGAGAGCCUACUCUUAGUGUAAGGGGCCAUUUGCAUAAAUUUUAAUGUAGGGCUUCUGAUGUAGGACGUCUGAUGUUAAGCCCACUCAAACUUUUUAUUUGAAUGCCAGGUAUUGGCAGUCAGAUCCGUUGUUACAUUUUACAGUCUAUACUCUCUAAGGUGGACAACUUUGGGACUGCAGUCUCUAUGUGUCCAUCUUCUAGAGGUGUCCAGCUUAUAGAGGAUCAACUAAAAGUCGUACAGAAAGGCAGGGACCAACCUUAGGUGUCCAUUUUAGUGAGGGGUAUGUUUUUACGAGGCUUCUGGUGGGAGAGAGUCGACUUUAUCCAACUGGCCCUAGGUAGUCUCUGGUGUGAAUAUUCAAUGCAAGUUGCAGAUGGUGAUGAUGAUGUUGAUGGUGAUAAUAAAAUAUUCUUUUUUAUUAUUCUUUUUAUUUUUUAUUAUUGUGAUUAUGAUGAUAAUAAUGAUGAUGAUGAUGAUGAUGGUGAUGGCACUGAUUAAUGUAAUGAUGAUUGUGAUGCUGAUAAUGAUUCUCAAUCCACUUGACAUAUGGCCUUCUCCCCAGCUUAUAAAGUUUUAUUUUUUUUAGGCUGUGAAUGAACAAGAGCAGGAAGAAGGAGAAGAGGAAGGGCAGGUGUUUGAUGUCAUCAUAACAAAAAUCAAGCCACCAGGCGAUGAUGAUGCAGAUCAACAGAAAGGUACAACCUACAGGCUUUUGCUUGUAUGAUUUCUAUCCUUAAAUCCUUUCCAAUACUUAUCCUCUGUUUGGUAGUUUAGUUGUUUUAGCUGUGAUCAUAUUCAACAGACCUGGCUGUUGCAGCUAGCCAUUCAUGUGGUACAAUACUACCGUGUUGAAGAGCAAGGAGUGUACUGGGGCAGAAAAAACAAAGAGCUUGCUUCAUUUAACCCUUUAAGCCACAAGAUCCACAUACAAAUUCUCCAGACUGAUCUCCAUACUUUUCCUUCAAGAAUAGUUAAGAGAAUUUGGUUUAAGAUCAAAGCAUUCUCCCUUUGGUAAUCAAUUUAGUAAAUCUCAUAACUUUUACUCUUGAUGAUCUGCUAAUGUUGUUAGGAGAAAAUUGAUGUUGGUCACUCUUCGGACCUAAAGGAUUAAAACGGAAAUCAGUUCCUUUGUUUGUGUUGUUCCAGUGCAACUCUUGUGCAUGCUCCCCAGCAUGGUGGUUUUGUACCACGAGAAUGAUUAGCUGCAGAGGGCCUAUUUGCUUGUUAGCAGGACAGUUAGACUUUUUUUCACCCUUUUCCUUGAGCAGUUUCUCAUUUCUCCGAACAAUAAUGGUGACUGAUCAAAAAUACAGGUCAUGAGAAUGAAUGGAAUCAUUAAUGAAACAUCUUGAUGAUUGAGCAAAUUCUUUCAAGAAGUACCAUAAGAAAUGUAUGGAGAACAAAGUGGAGAAUAUGCAUAUUGAUAUUAAGAAUUAUUUUGCUUUGAAUGGUUUCCUUACACAAGGAAGGUAACCCGGAGAUAGACCAGCAUAAAUCUUGUUCACAGAGUGAUGUCAGUUACUUUAAUGACGAGGCCGUUGAAAGGGUUUAGUCUAGCAUCCAGUCCAUUCAUUUUUCAAAAGUAUUUCUUGUUUAGAAAAAAAAAAGAAAACAAGGAAAAACAGCUUCUGGCCAGUUCAUAAAUUGUGAAUUUUCUAGCUUGCGAAUACUGCCGUCGACCAAUAAUAGCUCCUGAGUGUUUUCUGGACAGAUUUUACGUCAUCAUUAGUGGAUUUUUGUGGUUGAGGCGCAGACGUCCCUAGCGGCAAGAAGCUAGGGGAGACGGCUGUAUUUGCUGGCUAUGAUUUUUCAUUUUUACCCAAUAAAGCUGGUUAUUUGAUUUACACCAGAAACUCAUAAGGGUACACCUAAUUAUUGUUGUAUUCAACAACUAGAAUCACAUGUAGCUAAAGCUUGAAACUACAGAAAGCUUUGGUGACGUGUGCCAGAAACUUGCAUUUCGUAAAUCGGAAUUAAAAAGCUUCAAGGAAAACAAAAUAAUACAAUGACAAAAAGUAAAUAAGGUUAAAAUACAUUGCAGAUUCACGGAGCCUGAGAGUUAAAGCAUACCCUGCCAGUAACAGUUUUAAAAUACUCUCUCGUAAGUGCAAAAGAAAUAUAAAACUAUAAAUAGAUUAUGAGUUGCUAAAUUUAAAAGUUUGAUUUUUGAAAACUUAUCGCAUAAGGAUAAAUAACGGUAUAGCAGUAUGUAAUAAUAUAACAAAGUGACUGCUGCAACUUAAAGCUCGCUACGGUGAAGUUUUUUAGUCUUGUUUAUCACCAGACUGAGGUUUAUUGGCCUUCAUUCUCUAAAUGACCAACAUUAAACUGUACCGAAUACUCUAGUUUCAAAAUAUAUUUUGAAGUUAUUUUCAAAGUAAAAUAUUUUUAGCUUAAAUUUAAAUGUCAGGACUGAGAUGAAUACAACCCGUAAAGCUUAUAAUUGUCCAUCACACUUGUGUUCUCGCAGUUUCCUUAGUUAUUUGAACAUUUUAUUUUCUGGAUAUUUUUAAAAGGUCAUGGGUGAUCUUGAAGUGAAAUAACCAUAUUUUUUGAAAAUUAUGGUACUUAACCAAUAGAUCAAUGGUCGAUAAAUGAUAUUGAGGAAUGAUGCCUAGGUUUCUUCUGAUUUCGAGCUUGAUAAGAAGAAGGAGAACUUGGGUAAUUUGUUUUUGUAGUGGUGCGACUUUUUUUGUUAGCCAAGAAAAGGUUAACCGAGGGUUCUUUUUUCGUAGAUGGGGAUAUGGUGGACAAUAGUACCCAGACUCCCCGUGACGACGAUAGUGGUAAGCCGGAAGAGGAAGUAACUAUUGAAGAGGACGAUGCAACCGGAGCGGCACCGGAUAACCCGGAACAAGCCGACAAAGAAGGUAAAUUAAUUUAAACAUUCAACUUCCGUUCGCAAAAACGUUUCGUCAUUUAUAAUAGUAGCAUUUUCUCAAAUGAUUUCUUUGAAAGCAAUCUCUCUAGUACUAGAACUACGUGUCUUGCGAAACCUCACGAAUCUCGGAGUCUUGUUGUGCUGGUGAGGUUGGUUCUUUUUUCAUGCAUGUGAAAGAGUAAAAGACAAUGAGCAGUACUCUAAUCUGGUACUGUCUCUUUUUAAUCGUUCACUUGACGUUUGACCUCUUUUUUAGAGUAAGACGAUUAAGUCAUAUAUCAAGCAUGAGACGCAGUGUUUCAUCACCAGAUUCAACACUGAGAAAAUAUGACGCGCAGCGGAGUAUUUUUGACGAACUUCGAGGUGCUUCAUCUGGUGAUGAAACACUGUUUCGAAUGCUUGAUAUUACUUCUCAAACAAAAUGAUGUUAGAAGGAGAAAUCAAGGAUGCAAAAAUGAGCAGUUUUUCAUCUGAUUUCCAAAGACUCGUUAAACAUUAAUUUCCUUUGUAUUUUCUUUAUGAAUUUUUAAUGAGUUUGAGAAUUAGUUUUAAUAACUUGGUCAUCAGGUGAAGUAGCUGAGGCGGCGGAAGAGUCAGGAGCCGACAAAUACGACGAUGAUGAAUUCGAAGAAAGUCCGGAAAAGGACAAAGAAAAAGAAAGCGAGAGUGGACCAAAAGAGGAGACGGACAACGAAAACAACGAGGCGAAAAAUAAUGAAGACUACAAGGAGGAUUUUGAGUCUGAUGAGGAGAAAGAAAAAGAAAACGGUGACGGUGAAGAGCCAGACAAGGAGUCCGAUAAGGAGUCCGACAAGAAGUCUGAUAAGGAGUCCGAUGACGAGUCUGAUAAGUCUGAUAACGAGUCCGACAAGGAGUCUAAUAAGUCCGAUAAUGAGUCUGACAAGGGGUCCGAUAAAAAGUCUGAGAAGUCCGAUCAGGGGUCCGACAAGGAGGAAGAACCUGAGGAGGAGAUUCAGGAUGAAACAGAAGAUAAACAGCCAGGAAAGCAGGAAGAAGCUGAUGAAGUUGAUGAAGUGGAGGAGGAAACAGAUGGCAGACAAGAUGAAGUAAGAGUUAUGUUAUGUUUGUGGGCGGAGAUGGUAAAACGAUGAGUAUGAAAAUAAAGAAUGGUGUGUGAUGUUUUUUUGUAACAAUGUAUAAUUAUUUGAUACAGGGCUUCUUAUUUUUAUGAUCUGUGGCUCUCGCAACAUAAUCCUUGGAGUGCCUUGAUGGUGGCAACCUUACUUUAUAGAAUAGAAAAAAGACAAUAGAAAAUAUAAUAGAAAAACAUUUUACUCACGAGGACAGGUUUUUCUAUGAACUAAGCCCUUCAUUAAUGUUCUUCAUAUUUCAGUAGAAGUGAUUAUCAUUUUAUUUUUGUUUCUUUACGAACCUAUAACUUGGCGACUAUUUUCCAAAUCAAGUCGCCAGUUACAAAAUUUUGUGCGCCAUGGCGACUGAAAUGGUCGCAACUUGGAGGGUUGCAUUAUUGCCUUAGAAUAACUCUAUUAUACACAGGCGUGUCGUUUUUUACUGUAGUGAAUUGAUAAUUAAGAACCGGUUCUUCUUAACUCAUCCAGUAUAAUUCCAGUUCUAGCAGUAUGAAGAAUCUUAGUCACAUGAACCUAGAGUAGUAUCCUUAGCUCCCAUGGGUCUCCUGUAGCUUAGUGGUAGAGCAUCUGGACUAGUAACCAGAAGGUCUUAGAUUCAAUUUCAAUGGAAUACUCGGUUUUUUUCUUUCGAGCUGCUUGUGUCAUUGACUGCAAAAAAACAUCUUUCUCAGUUCUUCUUUAUUGGCAAAAACUUUACUGAACAUUGCAGUCUGCUUUCCCUACAGUCUUCUAAUCGGCCAGGUAGUGCAGCAAGCUCAGAGGGGAAGCAGAGCAAGAAUGUCUCAUUUGAUGAAGACGUCACUGUGUUUGAAGACGAAAAAGAUGAAGUUCCAGAAGAAGAACAAACACAAAACCACGAAGAAUCCACGGUAGAUAAAGAGGAAGAAGUCCCUGAUGAGACUGAGGAGAGCGGAGCGAAGGCGGACGAGGAGGAAAACAAAGACGGAAUUGAUGCUGAAGAAACUGUCAGAUCUCCUGAGCCGGAUGACAGCAGCAGCAGCAGUAGUAGCAGCAGCAGUGAGAGUGAGAGCAGUGACAGCGAAGACGAGGAGAAAUCAGGUAGGAAAGGAACCGAUCAUUUUCCGAAGAUUUCGAAGGUUCAUCUAAAAUUGUACGAUGGACAUGCGAUCAUUUUGCGCACAAUCUUGGAACUCUAUCUGACAAUUUAAGAAACGCAUGGUAACUUUAUUAGUUUGUAAUUUGCCAGUCGUUGAGGUAUAUCCAAGACUCUUUGUUGUUAAUAGCUGGACUACAGAUCACUGUUUUACAUCUGACUAAUGAUAUCACUGCUUCAUUAGAUUUUUAUCACUGAUGAAAUCACUGCUAAUAAAACAAACUGAGGGACUCAUGGGUUGAUUACCCCCUUUACUUGAGCAAACUGGUCGGUUCACGGCUUGGGCAAAUGAUAAGCAAAAUUCAAGACUGGUAAAUUUCGUCCCGGAAUCGCUUUUACCAUUUUUGCACAAAUCAGUUUUAUUUAGUAAAAAUGGCCGCGAACGCCUGAAACUGGUAUCAAAGAUAACUUUGAAGAAAUGAAACACGAAUUUCCGUUUGAAACAUUCCUCCUGUGAUAACAGAACUACUCUUCAAGAAGCUCCGUUGUUCCCGGAAAUUUGCCAUUGAAACGACCCGAAAGUCGUGUCUUAUUUACUACUUUCCAACCGGAAUUUCUGGAAACAUUUGUAAAUGGUUAACAACGAUGAACUUACAUGUUUAUCAACAGAUGGUGAUUCAAAGAAGAAGAAAAAGAAGCUUGUCAAGAUAACAAGUCAUGAUCCUGGUAGUGACCCCGACUUAGUCUCCACCGGUCAGUUGCCUGACCAAGCCUUAAAAGCUGUUGGAGUGAAGCCUGGAGCCAAGCAUGAGGGCUUGGUCCAGACCCUUUUAGAAGGGAAAGAGGACAUUGACAUAGCUGAUGUUGAACUGACUAAAGAUCAGGUAAAUUUAAGUUGUGUCUUUUUACCACUGUCUGGUAGUUUACCUGUAAAAAUUCCACUCUAGAGUGAGGAAGUCCGUGAAAGUGAAGCGUUGCUUGACCAUCAGGCAGCAGUGGUCAGUCCAGAGCUUUUCUACUUUUGGAAAUGUUUUGAUCGCGAACCAAAACAAGCAAUUACCCAACCACGUGAAAGUGCUGCUGAAGAGAUUUUAUUUGAGGAGUCAAGGUUAAAGGAAUUUGUCCACAGACUUAGAGGAAGAACAACUUUACACCUCCUCAAAAUUGAUUUCCUCAUCAGUAAGUGAGUGAGUCAAAGAAACUAAGGUCGAAAAUCCCGCUUAGUUCUCUUGGUGGACGAGUGAAAUCCCAAAGUAUGACCUUUGAAUCAAGACUCUGGGUGCUUGCACUAGAAACUGUUUUUUGAUGCUCUGUUUCGCCAUAACUGCUUUUGGAAGUGCAAAGAAUGAUUUAUUUCUUAUUUCUGUGAUUUCUAGUUUGAAGAAGUUUCCAAAAUUUUAGAUGCUAGAGAAGAGCUCGGAUCUUUUAUUCUUCGAAAUACCGGAGCUGAUGACUCCUCCCUGGAGAUUCUAGUGGAUCCUCUGAAGAAUUCACAUGUGAAAGUAAGGAUCGCAGUUAAUACAACUGAAUACACCAGUAACAUCAUUUAACUGAGACCGCACUAGUUAGAGUAAAUGAAUGUCAAAUUAAGUCUGAAAGGAUCUUUACUCCCACGGCAAACGAAUUAAUGUUUGAAUUACUUGACGUAAAUAGUUAUAGCCUUUUAGCAUUUUAUCUUAUAGCCAUAGUCAUUAAGUCUACUAUCGUAUCCCACAGUUUUUAUAUUUUUAUCUUUUAGUUGUUUAUUUUUUACAGGACCCCAUUGACAACAGUGUUUUUAUACACUUUUUUUUUGUAUCCUGUUAAAGGAUUCGUUAAAAUGAUGAUGGCGCUUUGUACAGUGGAUGUUUCUACGCGAAUGACACCCAAAUGUACCACUCUAUCAACGGUCGAGCAUGUUUUGCAGAUUUGUUUUGCAUGGAAUUACUUUUUGGUUGAAUUAUUGUAAAGGAAAUAUUUGUCCUCGUAGAUGCUGAACCUAAGUGUAAACAGCAUUGGACCUGACGGUGCUAAACACGUGGCUGAGAUCAUCAGGGAAAACAAGUCGCUUAAAAUGCUCUUGUGAGUAGUGUUCUGUACAGUUUAAUUCAAUGUUAUUCUUGUUUAAAUUGCUGUUUGCAAAGAGAGUAGAUUAAGCAAAGGUAUUGCCCCUUAAAAUAUGGCACGACAGCCCGGAAAUCGUAGGAGAGCGCUUGUUUUAACUUCAGUUGCGUUCGCUGACGUUAUAGUGCGUGGUCCUGAGGCAACAGUCACAAACAAAAUCUCGCGUUGUCUUUGCCAAAUGACCAACCCGUGCGAGGCCUUAGUGAUCGUGAAGCGCAUUUUUUACGAACUCACAGCACCGUUAGAAACUCUUUCAACAUUACAGUCACCGUUGACCGUCAAAAUAAAAAAUGCAGUUUUUUUGACGAAUUCGCAGUAUUGUUAGCAUCGUUAUAACGUUUUUUUUUAUCGUGUUGUAGAUUGCACGCAAAUCCUUUAGCUGACAAGGGAGUGCAAGUCAUAAUAGAAGCUAUACUUGAAAACCCAAGCCCAUCACUGAUGAACUUGGACCUGGGAGACUGCGGUCUAACACAAGAUGGCGCUCAACACAUUGCAAGACUGAUUGAGAAUAACAACAGUAUCACAAUUCUUACGAUCAGCGGUAACUCGAUUCAACUUGAAGGAUGGCAGAAGAUUAGCAAAGCUCUGUCGUCUAAUACCUCGAUAGAAAACUUGUCUCUUGAUUUUAACAAGAUUGGAGACGCGGAAGCGAUCGUUAUUGCUGAAGGACUGCAGAGGUGCAAGAGCCUGCGAUCUGUUGAUUUAGAAGGGAACAAGAUUGGCGAUAACGGAGGAAGAAGACUGUUCGAAGCAGUUAAGCUUAAUAAGUCAAUAGUUGACCUCACACUUGUUCCUAUGAAUCAAAUAUCAAGGGAGAUUGUGGAUGAAAUCAAAGAGUUUCUGGAUCAGAGAGCGAAGGGAAAUGAACCAGAGGAUGCUGAACAGAAUAAUCAAGAUAUCGGCGAAGAUCCACAACCUGACAAAGGCAGUGCUGAGCAGUCUCAGGACAAACAAGAUAGGGACGAAGAAGCAGAAAAAGGAGGCGAUGAUACAAGAGAGGAGCAGGAAGCUACGGAAAACGAGCAGCAACGUGACAUGGUUCCUGAAUCAAGUGACGGACAGGUGGAGCAGGGUGACAACGAGGAAAGAAAGGAAGAGACGAAUGAACCUGCUUCCUCUAGUGCUGAAGAAGGCGGAAAUGAUUCACCAGAAGAAGAUCAACCUGAGAGACAGCCUAAGGCUGAUGAGGUGAGUCAACCAGCAGAUGGUACUUCCACUGAGGAGGCAACAUACACGGAACCUUCCAAGGAACAGGAAACUGCGUCAGCGGAAAAUGAUGAAAGUGAAAAGAAAAUCGUGCAAGAUGAGGAGGAGGGAGAAAAAGAGCGGGGGCCUCCUGAGAAUGAUCAAGAACAAAGUGGAGAGGCAGCAAAGGAGGGCUCCGAGCAGAAGCCUUUGAACGAGGCGUCUUCAGAUUUCGGGCCUUCUGCUGAGGCGCCUUCAGAACAGGAGCCUUUGAACGAAGCGCCUUCAGAACAGGAGCCUUCGAACGAGGUGCCUUCAGAACGGGGGCCUUCAAACGAGGUGCCUUCAGAACAGGAACCUUCGAACGAAGCGCCUUCAGAACAGGAGCCAUCGAACGAACUUCCUUCAGAACGGGGACCUUCAAACGAGGUGCCUUCAGAACAGGGGCCUUCUGAUGAACAGCCUUCGGAACACGGGCCCUCUGAUAAAGGAUCCUUAGGAGAAGAUAGUCCUAAAGUAGCUCCGUCAGAAGGUGAGAAAGAACACUCGGCGCCUUCUGAUUUAGUACCCUCUGUGGAUGACAAGACAAAGGAAGAGUCUCCAGUAGCAGCUGAAGAGACCAGAUCUGAAGUAAAUAACGUGUAAAUAAUGGAGGAACUCUUGCAGAUACCCAUUGCAGAAAGGAUAUCACCCGGCCUCUUUAUAGAAGCCCUAGUCUUUCUAAACAGAAGUCCCCUGGAGAUCCUUCUCGCCCAUAGAGGAGGAAAAGACUUUGUUAAGACGAGUGGGCCUUCACCUCUCUCUUUUUGUCCAUUCACUGGGAUGAAUGAAGUUAACAGCAGUUCUUUUCCAUAGGAUGCGAGAUAAGUGCUGCGUGCGAUAAAGCAGUACACAACCUCGUCCUCAGCGCGCUUUUCCCUGGCAAGCGCCCUGGGGACGAGGUUGAACAGUACACGCGCGUGCGUCCUCCUCCCUCGUGGUAAGCGCCGCCUGUUGCCUAUUUCCUUUUCGUAAACGGUCGUUGCCUUUUUUAACGGUCGAGACCAGGAUUGGUACUCAAGCCUUUAGGCACCAUAGAUUUAGUAUAUACCUAGGAUUAAAUUACAAUAAGGCAAAUAAUACGUUUUUGAAUAGUCUUAGAAAGAACGAUGUUGAAGCCAGGUUAAAUUUACGUUAUGGAAAGGGCUAAGAUCACCUGUUAGUGAUGUAACAGUUACGAAUAACAGUUAAACUGUCCUUGUAAAAUUUUUCGGAAUUUUUGCGGGUCGGUGUAGUAGUAUAGUGGUAAGGGAGAGAGAUUAGGGUACGAAAGGUGCGGGUUCAACCCUGGGUUGCAAUUUUCUUUCUUUUUAAUAGAAACAGUGUCAAUAACAGGUCAAAAAUGUUUAAGUGUCUUAAAAAUGGCAGCGAGCGUUUACGAAAGGAACAACUGCUCCGCCGUUCUUAUUUGCACCCUCAAUUUCUCGUGCUUCUGCUAAGUAGGUUAUGCUAUGAGGGAAUUAAAUUUUUAAUAGGGUUGGUCGAUGUCUUGAAAUUUAAUCAUUUUUACUUAAAAGAUUCGUUUUGUUGUACUUAAGAGAUUUUAAAACUAUUUUAAUAUUUCGUUUUGAAAGUAAAAUGUGCAUUUGUGCAUUAUUUAUUCACCGUUCAGCCUUGAGUGUGCGUGACGCGUUAUUCGGAAUAGCGUCCUACGUAACGCAUUUAGAGUGUUGUGUGACAAUGAGGGAGAAAUGCAACAUUAUUCGUGAAAAAAGAUGGGAUGAUUUGCUGACAAAGUCGACUUGAUAUGAGAAUAUAUUUUUGACUUUCUUAUGAACCAUUGCGUGUUUUAGAAAGUAAAAGCUCGCGUAAAUGUUAGGUUUGAAUUAAAUAGUGAUUUGUCUUUAUUUUUUUAAUGUUGUCUUCCGAAAGGACCCGAGAAAUCCUUAAUUGACCAUGGAUCUUACGGUAAUCAACGGAAGCUUUACGAGUCUUGUGGAUUUAUAUUAAACUCUGAUGGUUUGAACUCUAGAAAUCCUACGUACUUCAGUACUUAUGUAACUGUAUGAAUCAGUUUAAUUGUAAAAUAAAGGACUUGAAUGACGGUGUAAAUAAUAUUUAUGACCUGUUGUGGACUCCAGUGGUUUGCGGCUCUAAUAAACGAGUUUGUUUAAUC